AUGCUAGAUCUUAACCUCAGCCAGUUCUUCUUCCAAAUAUAUAAAACAGUGUUUCCUCUAAUUUCAGAUACCAUCCUGUUUGCCAUCAGCAGUGACUAUGUGGCUAGAGCUGGCCUACCGCCCAAGGAUCGUAUGGAUAGCUACUACGACAGAUCUACUGCUGUAGGGAAGCUAAAUAAUGUAACCAAGAUUGUGUUAAGCCCUGAAGGGCAGCUCUUUGCUGUCCGUGGCAGGGAUCUUCAUACUGGGCCUAUGCCUCUGUCUGCAAACCUUGACUGGUUCUCUACUGCCAAGAGAGUGGGAAAAGCUGAGUGGGUUCAAUUUAAAUUUCUAUUCUUUGACCCAAAUGGGCUUCUGUAUGCAGCUACAAAAGAUGGGGAGCUCUACAAGGGUCCAGCACCAAGCAAUGAAAAUGUGUCCUGGCGUUAUGGUCAAGCAACCAAGAUAGGAAACUCUGGUUGGAAUAAACAUGAUGCGCUUUUCUUUGACCAAAAAGGCAAUCUGUAUGCUGUGACCGAUGGUGACAAGCUUGUGGUGGGAAGCCCUCCAUCCACAACAAACGAUAAAUGGCUUGACUCCUGCACCACUAUUGGAGAUGGUGGCUGGCGAAUUCUCACCCACUUCAUGAAGAUCAGCCUUGAUGACCUACUGUGGUGUGUGGAUUCACGCAAUGGCAACAUCUAUAAAGGGAAAAUUCCAACUAAAGAUGAUACCAACUAUUUGGAUAAGGCUGACCUCCUAGGUUGGAGCUAUAAUAUGUACCGCUUUCUAGCCUUCACUGCUGAUAAAACCAUCCAGAGUGUUGUAAGCUUUGAAUUCCUACCUGCAUCAGGUAAAAUACUCUCUCAGCAGCCAGAGGUGGUCCAGUCUCAAAUCUACAAGAAUACGAGCAGCGUUCCCUUAAAGUACUCCUUCUCGUAAGUAUAGGCUGAAUGUUAGCCUGACACUCUUGCUUACAGAUGGGUUUAAUGUUCCCAUAAGCUCAAAAUGGGCUAAUAACAGGCAAAUAUCAUCAUGCUUCUCAAAUGCAUCAUAUUCUAGACUCCAAAUACCCUGUUCACUUUCCAGUUUAAUGACUACUUUUCAUUGCAUCCUAACACUCUGCCAGUUUAAUUUUUUUUAAUCUCAUGUAUUGCUUUACAUUGGUUUGUAAUAUCCCUCCAAACUUGUUACUGGAGGUUGAGGGUAUACUCCACUCGGUGUAAGCUGUAUACUCUGCUAGCUCAGUGGUUUUCAAUUCUUCUUAGAUUCUCCAAAACCAUGACUGAGACUAGCAGCUUUACCCAGGAGCAUGGCUUUACAGUAGAAGUUGGAGCAGAGGUCACUUUUACUGCUGGCAUCCCCUUUAUAGGUGACAUGGAGACAAGCAUUUCCAUCAACACCAGUACCACUCACACCUGGAGCUUCUCAAAGACCAAUGAAACACAGGUAUGUGUCUGACAUGCUAGUUGGGUUUUGGGAUCUGUCUGCAUACUGGCCACGGAGUAUCAUUUUGUGGCAAAUUUUGCAAGCUGAUGUGCAUUUUAACUUUGCCUCUUACCACAUGCUCCUUCCAUUCUGUGCAGAUCCUCUAAAUCGUCAGUUCCUGUCUGUCCAAUUACACAUCUUCCACCUUUACAUUACUUCAGAAUAUCUGAUUUAUUGUCUUCAAAAUGUUUUUUUUAAUAUAUUUAAUAUGAAGGUCUAAUCCCUCAACAUAGCCAGCGACACUACCUUUUUUGUUCCUGACUCACUCUAGCAAUCAACAGAACUAGUGUUAUGAAUGGAAGCUUUCUUUUAAACACCUGCUAUUCAACCCUCCAUUCUAAUGCAUGUUUCUAUCUACAGACUAGCUUCUCAGCCAGCACGGAUGUAGAGGUGCCGGCUGGAAAGUCUAUACGUAUGAUGGCUUCUGUCACAAAAGCACAAAUGGAUGUGCCAUACACUGCCAAGAUCUGUACCCUGUUUGGCUAUGAAACCACCAUCCAGGGAACAUGGAAAGGGGUCACUCACUACAACCUGAUGGUCACUCAGGAAGACUACAGUGGCUGA